CUAGGAAGUUCAGUCCGAUCAUGAACAAAUCCAUCGGGUUAAAAGCAAAAUUUGCUGAAAUCGAUAAGGUUAAGGUUGUGAAUAAUACCGAGCGUGCUCAGAAGGAAGUUUUUCGAUUAUCUUUUUCGUUUCAUUCUUUUUAAGCUUAAAUCAACACACCAACAAGCCAGGCAUGUUUUCAAGUGCCAAUAUUAAGUCUUACUCCGAAGAAGACUUUAAGCUUAAAUCUUGGUCAUUUAUACUGGAGGAAAUCUUUGGAUAUGGAAACAUAAACUUGAAAUGGGGAGAUACGAUACCUGGCUUCUUAAGCAAAUCAAGUAUCACAUCUAAAUUAGAUCUUCGUGUGAGUGCUCCUUCAGUCUCUUCAGAUCUUUCAGAUCUCUCAUUGACGGAAUUCGCUAAGAAAUGCACCUCCAGUAAGUACUAUUUGGAUAAGCUCAAGCUGGUAUUGUUGUCUAAACUCCACUUGAAUUCCCUCCUACAAGAAGACAUCAUGUAACCCAUCGGAUGCAUAUAUGCCUCUCAUGCAAAUUAUGGGAUUUGACGGCCAUCUUCUUCAUCUCGUCUUAUUAAAGCCCAAGCAGUAUAUGUUGGUUAAUGUUGCCACGUUCUCAUACCCUGCCACUAAAAGCCAAGUCAAGG